AUAUACUGCCAUAAGAAAUAAAUUAAAUAAUAAAAUUUUAAAAUUGGAAUAUCAGAAUUAUCUAUUGCUACUACUUCGAGACUUGGUCUCUUCCCCUAAACCCCUUCGCAAGAUUUUGUGGGGUUUAGCUAAAAUCUUUAUGGAAUGGCUUCAAUUUCUUUCACACAGUUUUCUUCGAUGCCCAGGAUAUGCAGGUGGCAAUCGAAAGGUAAUUCCCCUUGUAUAAACUUAUGGAAAAUUCAAGAUUUUCGAUUAAAUGGAAAAGUAGUUAUGGCAGUAUCGAGGAGUAAAACAACUGGUUCUUCACCUGAAAUGGAAUCAGCUGGAGAAGCAGUAGUUGUGGAGAAGAAGACUCGAAAAACUACUAAGCGAGCUUCUGCAAGAACCAAAAAAGUAGUGGAUAAUCCAGUUGAAAUUUCUGCAGUCAAUGACAAUGUUGGAGGUGAAGAAUUGCUCACAACUGCAGAUUCAGCUGAGGAUUCGAGUAAAACCAAACCUAGAACUCGAAAAAAAGCUCCAUCAACAUCCAAGGCAUUGGCAGAAGAUGGCGUGACUAAGAAGCCGACGAGGCAGAGAAGGCGUAGCAAGAAGGCUGAUGCCGCGGAUAAUCUAGGUAGUGAGACCGAACUCAGUGAUGGUGAGGGGGAGGCAUUCAUCUCGACUUUGGAUGAAGAGAGUGAAGAGGAGCUAGAGCUUGAAAUAGAUGAUGGGGAGGAUAUAAGCUUCACCUACGGAUGGCCACCUCUAGUUUGUUGUUUUGGUGCAGCUCAACACGCUUUCGUUCCAGCAGGAAGGCGGGCCAACAGACUCAUCGACUAUGAGUUCCACGAGAGCAAGAAGGAUGUCCUGUGGGAGCCCGAGAGAUUUGUUAGGGCUUCUGGAGGAUCUGCGAGUACUGUUGCAGUAGCUCUUGCGAGUUUGGGGGGUAAAGUUGCUUUCAUGGGCAAACUUGGGGAUGAUGCCUUUGGCCAGUCCUUGUUGUAUUUUCUCAACACCAACAGAGUGCAAACGAGGUCAGUACGCGUGGAUGGUAAUAGGGAAACGGCUGUUUCGCGCAUGAAAGUUGUUAGGAGGGGCGGCUUGAGGAUGACUAGUGCCAAGCCGUGUGCAGAGGAUUGCUUAUCGCGGUCUGAGAUCAAUGUUGAUGUGUUGAAAGAGGCGAAAAUGUUUUACUUCAAUACAUCCAGCCUCCUUGACCGAAGCAUGAGAUCCACAACGCUACGAGCUAUCAAGAUCGCUAAGAAGCUUGGAAGUGUGAUAUUUUUCGAUCUCAACCUUCCGUUGCCACUUUGGCAAUCUAGUGAAGAAACCAAGAGGUUCAUACAGAGAGCUUGGAGUCUUGCUGAUAUCAUUGAGGUCACGAAGCAAGAGCUCGAAUUCCUUUGUGGGAUAACACCAUCAGAAAAAUUUGAUACCAAAGAUAACUGUAAAUCUAAGUUCACUCAUUAUACUCCAGAAGUCGUGUCUCAGCUCUGGCACGACGGCCUCAAGAUUCUGUUUGUGACGAAUGGAACUUCCAAGAUACAUUACUAUACUAAGGAGCACAAUGGUGCUGUGCUCGGAAUGGAGGAUGCACCCGUCACUCCUUACACCUCCGACAUGUCUGUAUCUGGAGAUGGCAUUGUUGCAGGUUUAAUGAGAAUGCUGACUGUUCAGCCACAUCUCAUCUCCGAUAAAGGCUACUUGGAGCGAUCAAUCAAGUAUGCCAUCAGCUGUGGUGUGAUAGACCAAUGGCUGCAAGCGCGAGCCCUAGGCUACCCUGCGAAAGAAGGCAUGGAAGAUGUGGUCUCGGAUCCUCAUGGAAUAAGAUCAGUUACGGAGAAGGAAUACAGAACAUUAGUUCCUUCAAGUUCGUGACUUCAUUACUAUGCAGCCACAAUUGGCUGCUCAGUCCUUCAACGUUACCUUCGUCUUGUUUCUCUCUAGGACUAGAUUUUGCCAUGUAUCUUGUUCGAUUUUCACCACGUGUUUAGAUGAAAGAAUUAUUGGCACGAUGGCGCCGUGGCAGCAGACAGAAAACAUGCAGAGGUGAGAGUCUUGUUAAGGUGGAUGCUGCAGUGCAGCCUUGAUUGUAAAAUUUUUGUGUAAUAGCCAUGGAAUGUAAGUUUUGGAUGGUGAGACAUUUUGAGUGAUUUUGUUUUUUGUAA